UGCGCUGUUCACGCUUUGGGAUUAUAACGGUUUUUGUAGAUGCACAGGAAGUAAGUGACACAAAGCGAGGACUAAUUUGUGGGAACUAACAAGCUUCGUUUUUAUCAAAGGAUUAAAAGAAGAGGACAAAGGGAUGGAGCUAAGAUGGAUAGAUUGAACAUAAAUUGUUCAGCUUGAACUAGCAAAUCUAUUUUUUGUGUGCGUGCCUGUUUGCUGCAAGGCCUUGGACCCACCAGACCCCAAACUGCUGGUGUAAACCAGCGCAGAGUUAUUUUCUCAGCAUCAGCCAGUCGACCAGUGAAGUAAGCGCUGUGGAGAAGACUUGUACUGAUCCACUUUUGGCUUUUGCCAGAAGUUUCAGGGCCAUCGCCUUUGGAGCUCAUUAUGGUUGCAGUGGUACAUGCACUGAGGAAGAGCAGGCAGUGUGAAAGAAUGUAGACUGACACCCGCACUUUAUUCUAUCAGUUAGUGCUCAGCGAGGUGUGCGGUGCGGCUCGUUGCACUUUGUACACUACAAAUACACACACACCUGCACGUACAGUACACACCAGACCUGUGCUCUGUUGGAAACCAACAGGGCAUUAGAUCCUCAAAAUCAGCACAACUCUGUCUGCACCCAAAACGUAGCAGGCUCCUGAUCAGUGUGUGUGCUAAGCGUGUGUGUGUGGAGUGCACUCAGGUGCUGACGGCAUCCAGUAGAGCAUGUUGGACAGAAAGAGCUAGGUGGGUCGAUUCUGCAUGAUUUUGUUGUCCGAUAACCUGUGAUUGUUCCAAGGAGUCUUAAAUUACCAUGUAAAAUCACUGUCUUUUCACACCAGGGUGGGUACAUGAUAGUGUUUCGCUGAAAUUCUUGGAUUCAAGCCAGUAAUAGUAGAUACCUGUGAGGUUAAAUCGAAAUAUGUAAUAUCUGAAGUUGGCUAUUUUACAGAAGGCAAGAAAUUCGACCUUCUGACUUGACGGAGCAGCAGUCAAACGCCGUAGAUUUUAUGUAAGCAAAGUUUUCUCCAAAUCAGUUGCAGAUUCUCAGUCUCUCCAGAGAUCUAGUCAGUUUGGUUUUAGCUUAGAGGAACUUGACUUCUGUCUGCGUAUUUGUUGGGUGAGAGGAGCUGAAAAUUUAUUUUGGCUCAUUAAAAUACAAUAUGUCUGACAAUGAAGUUUGUUGCCCCAGAUUUCUCUGUGCUGUAGGGCACAACAAUGUUGGUUGCGCUGUUUGAAAACUUUUACAGCUAACACCUGGGCUGGUAAAUUAGUCUUGAUUCGAAUGACUUUUUUUCUCCACAUUGUUUGACAUAAAUAUUGUGUUUUUGAAGUUUUUCUAUCCCUUCGAGCGGUGUUGGUUGACCUGUUGGGGAGAAGAAACCUAUUUGCUGCUGCGGUUCAGUAUGUGACUGAUAGUUACGGCUCUUUCUCGUCAAAAUUUGUGUAGUUCUGAGUUGGAACGUUAGAGCCUACGGCUUGUUAAGAGAUAAUUAAAUUGUCUCUCACUCAAUUAGUUGCAUAACUUUCAUUGCUGUUGUAGACCUCAGUGUUGGAUGUCUUUUCUUGAGAUACUUACUCUGGUUUAGAGCAAAAAAGUAUGUAUACGAAACUGUUUUUCUUGAUUGUCACUUCCUUCAAAGCUGUACAAGCGGCUGCAGUCCACAGAGAAAAAACCUACAAUGAGCUCAUCUCUGUGUGCUUUGUGAUAUAGUUCCUAAAUUAUUGGUUCUGUUAUCACCUAGAGUUUUUGGCCAGGCCUUUGAGAACUGUAUAUGUGACUUUGCUGCAGAAGCAGUUUCAGUGCAAGCACUGUGAGACAGUGUACCACACAGGAGUCCUUUCUUUAAGUGUUGCUCUCAAACAACAACUUCUGUCUGACUGCACUAAAGUUUAGCUGGGCCGUCCGCACGUGUCUGCAGUAUUGCAGUUGGGAACGUGUGUGAGGGUGUGCUGACUAGUGUGUCUAUAGCAGUGCAGGCGUGUAGAGUCACAGAAGAGCCAUUGAUUAAGCGUGCACACACACUUACAGGCUCACACACACACACGCAACUUCUCAAUACACAAUGAGGCCUAUCCGAAGCUCUGUCCCCUGCUGCCUCCUCCCCACCCCCUGCUCUCUGGUCUUGCGCAGCCUGGUUGUGAUCCUGCUCUGCAUCAAUCCCCGUUGUCAGGCAGUGCAAGCUGAGAAUGUGACGGUCCUGGAGGGAGGCACAGCCCAUAUUUCCUGCCGCCUGCAGAACUACGAUGGCUCAAUUGUGGUCAUCCAGAACCCACGCCGACAGACUCUGUUCUUCAACGGCACGCGAGCCCUGAAGGAUGACCGCUUCCAGAUGGUGCUCUUCACGCCACAGUUGGUGCGCAUCACGCUGACCAAUGUCAGUGUGUCGGAUGAAGGCGGCUACUUCUGCCAGCUCUACACAGAUGCCACGCACCACCAGGUCGCAACGCUCUCUGUUCUGGUGCCCCCAGAGACGCCUACGGUGGAGGUGAAGCAGGUGGCCGUGGAAGGCGGCGAGGCAGAGCUCUCCUGCGUGUCGCCGCGCAGCAAGCCGGCCGCCACCCUGCGCUGGAUGCGUAAUGGCCGGGAGAUACCAGGUGAUGUGUCCCAGCAGGACAACGGCAAGACAGUCAGCGUGUCCCGCACCAUUCGCAUCCCAGUGGAAAGGAAAGACAAUGGGGCGGCACUGAUUUGUGAGGCUCUCCACCCUGCACUCAGCGGCCAAAAGAGGGUUCGACAUUAUCGUCUGGAUGUUUAUUUUGCCCCGACGGUGCGUAUUGUUUCUCCUUCUGGCAUUUUGCGCGAGGGUGACUCACUCAGCCUAACCUGCUCCGUCACUGGGAAUCCUCUGCCCAGAGAUAUUCUUUGGUCCAAGAUCAAUGACACCUUACCUGAGAGGGCAGAGAUUUCUGGGUCCACUCUUCAGAUUUCCCGUCUCAGCCAAUCACACAACGGGACGUACUUGUGUCAAGCCCAGAACAAUUAUGGACGUGCUGCCGAUCAUUACACCUUGUUGGUGUAUGAUAAUGUGUCAAUCACUACCCCGGCCCCUCACACUCCUACUACCACGGUCCUUCCCAUUCCUACUACCACGGUCCUUCCCACUCAUCCUACCACGGUCCUUCCCACUCCUACCACCACGGUCAUUCCCACUCCUCCUAUCCAACCAACCACCUUCCAUCCCAUCACUUCAAACCUCACAUCAGCCAGCUUCGGACCGGACCCAGAAGAUCCUGGUGCAGUGGUCGAGACUCAGAGUGCAGUACCUUAUACGGUGAUAGGUGGCGUUCUGGCCCUGCUGGUUUUCACCGUCAUCUGCAUCCUCAUUGUCACCAUCUGGUGCUCUGUCCGGCAGAAAGGUUCCUAUCUUACUCAUGAGGCCAGCGGGUUGGACGAACAUGGCGAGGUGCAGGAGGCCUUCCUCAAUGGGAACGACGCCAGCCAGGGCAAGAAGGAAUACCUACUGUAGCCCUUCUCCUUUCCUAAACCCUUCUAUUCUGACCUCAUACCCUUGCCCCUUCCUAUCCUCUCUCCCCCCUUAUAUAAAGUACACACACACACAUACACACACAAACACUUUACAAUGCGCCAUAACAGGCGGCCUUUCUGAAAGCGACUGUAUACAAAUACUGCACACAACCAAUCGAUCCCACUCCAUAUCAUCCAUGUACUCUCACAUAACCCAAGAUACAGACGGAGAGAGAGGGCGCCUCAAGACCCACCCGACAUUAACGACUGUGCCAUAUAUUAUAAGUCGAAGACACUGGGGAAAGGAGAGGGAGGGUGGGAGAGUGCAGAUGGAGUGAAGUGAAUGUAGACAAAAACAAAAUGAUGCCAUUAUGUUGAUGGAGAGGGAAGAGGACGACACAGAGAAAAGCGCCACUUUACCUGUGCAGCAGCCAAAGGGGAAUGAGAAUUAGAAGUAGAUGACUGCUGUAAUUUCCUGCCUGGAGAAUAGAAGAAUCCAUUCACAGGGCUCAGUCUUUAACUGCAGAGGCGCUGCGGGAUGAGAGCGGGUGGACAAAGGGGCGAGGGAGAUUUACGUAAGUCGUGUUCAAUGACGAAUGCUCGAUGCAAGAAAACUGAAAUUUUGCUAAUUGCCAAAGCAUUUUGUGCACAUGGUAAAAUUCACAUACAGUUAUAAAAAACAAUGCUUUGUGUAAAACCCAGUCCCAGGAAGUGUCCAUACGUCAUCGGAAACAAUACCUUCUAAUUUUUUUUCUUUCUGGGUGGCCUGUGAAUUAGUUUAAAGACAACAGUUACUUUAAAAGAUGGGGUUUUUUUCUCCUAUCUCUGCAUCAGUAAAGGAAACGCGGUUCUCUGUUCUCCUCUUCUGCUCUCAACAUCACCUGUCUUACACCUGUUUCCAUCCUCUCCCUUAUAUCUCUCUUUCUCUCUGUCUGUCCUCCUCUAUCGCUCCUCCUUUGUUGGCUCCUAAUAAUAAAAGGAUUAGUGCUGAGCUGUGUUCUUGUGAAAGAAGAAAGGAAUAUGACUUACUAAAGCAUUAAAGAGAAGCAUAAUUAUUUUAGAAUGUCAUUAAGAGGAUAUAAAAGGUUUAAAAGUCUCAAUAAGACGGCCAAGUGGAGCGAUAGCAGAAGGAGGGAAUGAGAGAACAAAACGGAUGGAUGUUUUUUUGAAUGCGACCACGUUUGCAGCUACAUGUACACGUUCAUACAUACAGUAAACAUGUUGACCGAACAAGUAUACAUAUCUCUUUGUUUGUAUAAAAAAGAACAGUGACAUAAAUUAAAUUAAACUUUUAAGAAAUAAGAAAACUGUUUACUAUUGAAACGCAUUAUGAAGCGACUAUACUAACACAGAAUAUUAGCCUAUAGAGGUGCAAAGCCGAACAAACUACUGUCCAGUGAUCUUUAAAGAAAAUAAAGAAAAGAGUUUUUAAAAAAAAUGUCAUUUGUCUUUAUGAGAAACCAGAGGUCUUAUUGAUUUUUUUUUUAAAUAAUUGAUAUUAUUUGAACAAUUAUGAUUGUUGUUACUGUUAUUAUUAUUGCUGUUGUUAUUAUAAUUGUAAAUGUUAAAGAAAUGUACAUUUCCCACGGUUUGGUUUUGGUUCUCCUGUAGAGAAAUUGCCGUCAUUUUUCAUAAUUUUCCUCUUACCUUUCCUCUCUUUCCCAGUAUUUCUCUCUCUUUGUCUCUUGUGCCUAUAGUCGUCUUUUCUCCUGUUUUUCACUCUUGUUUAUUUUAGAGUCCAUGUGUCACUGUUGAUAUAUAGCUAACUAUUUCUUUAUAGGGGAAAGAUGCAAAGCACGAGAAAAUAAAAAAAAUAAU